AUGUCUGAUGCUGCAAAGGUCGAGGAGAAUCCGCAAACUGUUGAGGCCCAACACGAUCUCGAGAAGUUUUGCGGCCUAUACUCAAACCAUGCGCAACAUUUUUAUCGAUGGGUUCGGAUCCAAAAAUGUAAUCAAAGUAACGGGGAACCCAGACUUAAGAUAAUAGACCUCAGAGGCUUUCAGACCAAAGAAAAACCAUACGAGGUCAACGUGUGCUACCUCAAGCCACACAAUAAGACCACCAGCUGCGAUAUUAGCACCACUUGGGUACGAAGUAAAUUCCAAGCUCAGAACCACGAGGAAGACGCCAAUGAACCGGAAUCCGAUGAUGAUGCUCUCUACCACGUCGUGUUCGAGAUCAGAGAAGGCAAACAAUUUCUGUCAUGGACUGCCGACGGUGAAGUGGAAAACAAGACGCGAUGGCAGAAGUGCGUGGAAAAGGAUAAGAAACCAGGAGACGCAUCAAGUGGUAUACUUGAAUUAAGUCCAAAUCCGUGGCUGGUAAACCUGACCGAGGCAACCAGCACAUCACCGCAUUAG